AUGGAUGGGCGACUCCAAAUACAGCAACUAUCCACCACACCCCACCCAGUUGCGGCUCGGAUGGGAGAACUCAAUGUUGCACGGCGACUGGAUAACUGCUUCUUGCAACAUGGCACCCACCAACCUGAGAGAUUUGGCUUUACUUUCCUUCACGAGUUUGCCUUGCACAAAGAUGAUCCCGCUGAUAAUGAGGAACGAGCCGCACAUGAAGAGCUAAUACGGCUCAUCUCGGCACCUGAAGUCUGGAAGACAGUUCGCUCAUUUGACGAUCGAGCAAUCACUGCAUACGAACUCGUCCAGCAGGAAGGCAAUAAAGAGGCCGCGCAAAUAUUGAACCCUACGAUCAUCCACGAACUAUCGGGUGAGACCGUCGUGUCACUCGAGCGGCCACUGCACCAAUUCAUCCACGAAGAAACAGGCAAGUACAUUCGCAAGCCUAAUUUCCGUCAUCCUCAGAUCUCAAUCCUAAUGGAGAUGCAAUGUCCAGAACUAUGGGUGCCGAUCCCACACAUGUACGGUGAGUUUGCAAUUGACAUGCAUGGUAACAAGCUGCUGGUGACCAUGUAUGAGACAAUACCGGGACGUAAUCAACCGAGACGGACAGAAAAGGUGCUAGGAGCCUAA